CUGAUUCUGAAUGAACAAGCUAAGGAAGAGAACCUAAGAAGCCAAUGUCUUGCCCAGAUACAGAGUUUGACCCGGAGGAUUGAAGACUUGCCAAUCACUGACAAUUACUCCCUUCAGACUGACAUGUCACGGCGCCAGCUGGAGUACGAAGCACGCCAGCUGAGAGAGCUGAUGCAAGAGAGGCUUGGAUCUAUGGAGGACAUCGCAGCAAGGCACCGCAUGCGCAUGCAGAGGCUUAGUGCAAUCGAGUAUGAGCUCAGGCAGGUUCAAGAACAACAGCAGCAACAUCAGCAGCAACAACAGCAGCAGCAACAACAGCAACAGCAACAACAACAACAGCAAAUGUUAGCCAAAGUGUGGGAGCAGGGUGCACAGGCCUCCCUUUCAGAUGAUGCAUUAAGGUUAGUGUACAGCCAGAGCCUGAAUGUAGCAGGCGGUGGUACAAACAGCAAGAGAUCAUCUGCAAGCUCCCAUGACUCUAACUCUCAUGGCAGUCCUGCAUCCCAUCGGCGAGCUGCCAGCCUAGUCCUGGAUGCUAAAACAGACUUUGGUCUCAGCGGUUCCCCACCGAAUGGUCUAAGACCAAACCAUUCCUCUUCCAAACAGACUGCUGCCACAGACAGCCCCUAUAUACACUUGUCAAACGAUGGAUCAGUCCAAGCAGGUGGCAUGCAACAGCAGCCACAGCAGCAGCAACAAGCGCUACCACCUCAACAACAAGGCCAGCAGGCAACGGGUGUAGCUCCACCAUGUCCACCAAACUUCUUCCAUGGGGCGUGGCCGUUCCUGAACAACCUGCAAGCGGGCGGAGCACUGAAUGGAGAAACUAUGGAACAAGUCCUGGGGAAGAUACCCUUUGGUGUUGCUGGGAGUGGUAAUGGUGGUGGGAGUGGUGCAGGAAGUGGAAACGGGGAGCUGGAAACGUCUAGCGUCAUGAGUUUUGGAUCAUCGUCUUGCUCCGGUACCGGCACGAGGAAAGGAUCUGCUGCAGGUGCUAAUAACCAACAACUCGGUGUCAAGGUUGGGUUUGUGUACUCCUUGCUCUCCAUGUUAGGGUCACAUGACCGAGAUGACAUGGCAAGCACACUACUUAUGAUGUCAAGGUCUGCGGAUAGUUGUCUAGCUAUGAGGCAAUCGGGUUGUAUACCCCUUCUGAUCCAUAUCCUCCAUGGGACGGACCAGGAGUCUGUCCUGGGUAACUUCAGGGGGAGCCAGAAGGCAAGAGACUGUGCUAGCACAGCCCUUCAUAACAUUGUGCAUCUCAACCCUGAUGAGAAGCGACGUAAGCAGGAGGGGCGUGUCCUUCGUCUCCUAGAACAGAUAAGGACCUACUGUGACUCCCUGGUGGAGGCCGAGACUAAGGAGAGUGCUUCAAGUCAGAAUGCUCUACCAAUCGAUCACAAUCCUGGUCCUGCCAUGGCUGCUCUCAUGAAGCUCUCAUUUGAUGAGGAGCAUCGCAGUGCAAUAUGCCACUUAGGUGGCCUUCAUGCAAUAGCUGAACUCUUGCAAGUAGACUAUGAGGUUCACGGAAGCAGCAAUGAUCAGUACACGGUCACUCUCAGACGGUACGCAGGAAUGGCCCUCACCAACCUGACAUUCGGAGAUGUCACCAACAAAGCCCUUCUCUGCUCCAUGAAGGGGUGCAUGAAAGCACUAGUAGCCCUACUGAGUGCUGAGAGUGAGGACUUGAGACAGGUAGCAGCUAGCGUCUUGAGGAAUCUCUCCUGGAGGGCAGACAUGGCCAGUAAGAAGGCUCUCAGGGAAGCUGGAGCGGUUGUUGCGUUGAUGACGUGUUCCCUGGAAGUGAAGAAAGAAUCAACCUUGAAGAGUGUCCUAAGUGCAUUAUGGAACCUGUCAGCGCAUUGUACUGAGAACAAGGCAGACAUUUGUGCUGUCAAUGGUGCUCUGGAGUUCCUGGUGAGCUCUUUAACUUACCGAAGUCCCACUCGAAACUCAGCUGUUGUUGAAAAUGGUGGUGGUAUUCUACGGAAUGUUUCGAGCCACAUCGCAACGAGUGAAAAAUACAGGCAGCUUUUGCGGAAACAUAAUUGUCUACAAAUAUUGCUUCAUCACCUCAAGUCAUCAAGCCUUACCAUUGUCAGCAAUGCUUGUGGAACUUUGUGGAAUCUGUCUGCCAGGAACAAGGCUGAUCAGGAUCUCCUGUGGGAGCUAGGUGCAGUCAGUAUGCUCAAGAAUCUUAUCAGCUCCAAGCAUAAAAUGAUUGCCAUGGGAAGCUCUGCUGCUCUGCGGAAUCUCAUGGCAUCACGUCCUGAUGUCUUGGCCACAGCAGAUGGUCAGAAGGAGGGCACACCUGGACUCCAUGUCAGGAAACAACGAGCGCUCCAAGCAGAGAUUGAUAAGAACCUCAAGGACACUUACGCCGAGAUGGAAGGUAGAACUGACCAACAUGGCUUGCUUCAAAGCCAACAGCGUGCCUCUCUCAGGAACCGGGGCCAUAGAUCUCGGCAGCAGCAGCACGGUCCCGACUACUCGCCUGUCCCUCAGCGUAUCCCCAUCUGGAAUCCCAAUGCCACCCCUUUACCAGAUUCUCUUAUGAACAGCCAACAGAGGGCGCAUUCACCAAGCAAUAGACAUCAUGGGAAUAUGAUAAACUCACCUGAAACUUGUAGCGAUGAUCAAUCCUUUCAAGAAGGGAAGACAAAAGACAGUGAAGGUCAAAGCACCAGCAGCCAGCCUGGAUCUGUUGAGAAUAGUCCUGGAAGACCCCACGGAGCAAGCAGGAUAGCACAGAUCAUGCAGGAAGUAGCUCAAGAUGGUCUUCCAACUGACUCCAGCUCAGGCAGUGAGAGUCCACGUCGAGAGUCCCUUGAAAGCAGACUCCAAUCUAGAAAUGGCCACCAGCAAAAACCAACAUGUCCUCGCUCUAGUUCUUUCACCCACAUGCCACCAGAGGGCUCCAAUCUUUCAAGUCGGUCCAACUCCUACUGCUUUGGGUUUGAUGGAGGGCAUGGCCUUGUGGCGAGGAGGUCAUCUACAGAAAGCAUAAACAGUAUUUCUAGUGAUAUUUUCCCUGCUGGUAUCCAUGAACGAUUGGCCCAGAAUCGAUCUCAGAUGGAUCAUUCUCAAUCGGCGGACAGCUCCCUCAACAUGCACGGGACUGGGCGGAGCCUUCAGAACACUACAGCAUUAGUGCACUCUGCAGAUGAGGCUUUUGGUACCAACAUGGACUCGACAACGAAUUACAGUUUAAAGUAUUCUGAGGAAGAUCUUCCACCAGGGAUGCAUAGCCCCAAGAGAACAGCUCCUGUAGAGCAUCGAUGUAAAGAUGGAAACUCGCAGCAUAGCAGCGUUGAUGGAGAGCAGAGUGAAGAAGGUUUGUCCCAGCCAUGUCAAAAGUGCAAUUCACCUCAUAGACCUCGCGAAGGAUUAGCCAUAGGAAAUUCUUACCCGGCCAGUCAACAACAGAGGCCAUUCCCACAACAGUAUUCAGACCAGUCAGUAUCUUCUCAUCACAAUGUGAUCGAUCCAAUGCAAGGAUCAAGUAUGUACUCAAACAUGAAUGACCAUGAGCCUUUCGCAGAAGAGGAUGAAAGACCCACUGACUUUUCUCAAAGAUAUGCAAAUGAUAUGUCACAUGGGGACGAUGCAGAGAGUUUUGGUUUUGUCCAGACAUCUUUGGAGACCAAUACAGGUGGGACUGUGUACAUGAGUAGCGAGGAGCCAGAUGUGCGUGAUAGUAGCUACAACGCGUCAUCAAACCAGGAGAUUCCUUCAAGUGUGGUGUCUCAGUUUGGAUCAGAGCAUGGAGGAUCAAGGCACUCUAUUGCAUCAAGCCAUCAUGAGGAUGAAGAGGAACCACCAUGCAGCCAUGAUGACAACACGAAGACAUACUGUGUAGAAGGUACCCCAGGCCCAAUAUCAAGGUGCUCCUCCCUCAGUUCUCUUGAUUUAAACGAGGAACUGGAUGAGGUUGAGAAAACUAAAGAUGACAGCGCUCAUUCACCUAGCAAUGACCUGCAAUCCACUACACCUCCAAAUGAGCCUACUCCUGAAAAGGUGACAAAUAAGCAAGUUUUGCUACAGCUUCCAUCUGAUGUUCACCACCAUGACGAAGUCCAGGAAACCCCUCUGGUCUUUAGUCGAUGUAGCUCCGUGUGUUCACUCAGUAGCGAUGAUGUCCCAGACAUCUGUGAUGAUGUCAGCUCCAUAUACACCAAUAGUCGUGCAGCUAGUGGUUUUGUGAGUCCCAGUGAGCUGCCAGACAGCCCCAGUGAUACAAUGCCACCAAGUCCUAGAAGAACUUCUCAGAGUAAUGUCAAGGUAGAUCUCCUAAAUGCUCCCAAGCUUCCCGAAAUGGAAGAAAAACCCACCAUGUAUGCAACUGAAGGAACGCCCAUUGAUAAUUCCUGUGCUACAAGUCUAAGCGCUCUGACAAUUGAUGGCGAUGUCAAAGCUACUGUUGCUAAGCGUCUUUUACCACCCAAAGGAAACGAGGGAAGUGAAAAUGUAGGAAGUGAAGACAAAGAAAUCACUGAUGAAAAGAAUGUUGAACCAAGUGGGAAUGAGUUUUCGGAACAAGAGCAGAGUCUCUUAGAUGAAUGCAUUAAUGCAGCAAUGCCAGUGAGAAGGAAGGGAAUACCAAAACCAACAAAGUCCAAAAGUAAGAGGGAGAUCACCAGCAGGAAGAUACCUGUCAGUCACAAGCCUUCGUCCAGUAAGCAUGUCAGUUUUGAGAAAUCAAAUGCUGCACCACCCACUACCAUGCAGGAUUUGCCGAAGCCUUUCUGUACAGAGGACACACCAGUGAAUUUUUCUGCUGCUACUUCACUCAGUGAUCUUAGCAUUGAUGACAUUGAGAUUGAGAGUUCAUCAGAUGGAAAACUAAUGAUUGCAAACCCAGACAGGAGUGCAUUGGAGAAACCUAGCGGUAUUGAAUCAGACAAUCAAGUACGAACCUCUGGGGAUCUUUUGCAUUGCAUGGACGAUGCCAGGUCUGAAACCAACUCUGUCACCAAGGAGGCAGAGGAUUCCAUGCUACAGGAAUGCAUCAACUCUGCUAUCCCGAGAUCCAAGUCUUGCAAGCCUCGUUCAUCGCUGCUUGCAAAGCACAGAUCACCUCGACAAAUCGGAAAGUUCAGGUCGCCCAAAGGUGUUGCACCUCGAAAGAGACUGCCAAGUGCAGAUGUGCGACACAAGAGCCCGUCUCCCAUCCCUGAGAUGAGCUCAGAUACCAGAUCUACUUCAAGCCAAGAACGAGGCCAGGACUGGGGUAACAAUCCAUCACCGCCUCCUGAUACUGUUACCACAUACUGCAUGGAAGGAACACCUGGAAUAUCCAAUGCUACAUCCUUAAGUGACCUUACUUCUCCUAUUGAUUCUGAAGACGUCAAUGGAAACAUCACUUCUCAAAAUUUACCUCAGAACAGAAGUACCUUAGGUGUUGGAGUCAGCAGGGGGAGUACUCCAUCCGAUACACCCCGUGUUUUUGCAGUUGAAGGCACACCCAUCAAUUUCUCAUGCAAUGGCUCACUAAGCUCUCUGAGCUGCGAUGAGGAUGCAGAACUUACUGAAGCUAAAGCCCAAAUGAAGGAAGUGAGUAAAAGAAAUCAAGCAGGUGGAGGUAUGAGUAGACAACAGACUGUGAUACCCAAGCAGAGAGCAUCCUUCUCAAACCCGAUAGAACAAGUUCAAAGUCCUGAAAACAAGUAUUACAGCAUGGAUGAUUACCAUAAUGCAGAAGCUUCUAAGAGUGCAAUGUCCCCUCUUGACUCUCCGAGGGUGUUUGCUGUGGAAGGUACCCCUGGGAUUAUAUCCAGGGCUGACUCUCUCAGUUCUCUCAGUUGUGAUGAAGAGGAUGCAUCACCAGCGGUAGAAAAAAGUGCAAAAGAGAGACUUGCAGAAAAGACACGUACAUCCAGGAUAAGCGGUAGCAGAAUGAAUCACCUAGGUGAGGGAUCUAUGGCUAUGAGGAGACUGAGCUCAGAAGAGGCACCUCUAAGCUAUGCUGUUGAAGAUACCCCAACUUGUUUUUCCCACAAUUCAAGCUUGAGUGCAUUAAGUGACAAUGAUGAGGAAGAGCGACCAGACCUUACUGAGCAGUGGCAUGAUGAUGAAGAAAGUCAACCACAGAGGUCAAGUGGGGGUGCCAAUGGAAUCAACAAGGAUUCCAGGAGGGUGUUUGCAACAGAAGACACCCCAGUCUGUUUUUCAAGAAACAGUUCUCUUAGUUCUUUGGAUGCAGAAUCUGAUGGAGAUGCUGCUAGUGAGCAGGCCUUGCUGGAUGAGUGCAUCACAUCUGGCAUGCCACAGUCAAAAGUCAAGAAGCCUGUCAAGAGGAUAAAUGGCAAGAUUAUUUCAGGUGGUCCAUCAUCUAUGGAAGAUGAUGACAGUUCUCCAGCCAAUCAGGAAAAUGAACCAAAACCUGUUAGAAAGGGUCCUAGAAUCACCAAACCCUCAGCCAGUGUGGAAGAGAAAUCUGUUAAUGAGGAAGAGGAGGGGCCAAAAGGAGUUAAAGGUGGCAAGAAGAUCUACCGAAGUCCCAUUACUGGCAAGAUACGAUCCAUCACACCACCUAAGAGUGUACUGCCUCCUAAAAGUCCUUCAUCAACUAGGGGUGGCCUUGCUAAGGGAAGUCCAACUACAUCAAGAGGGAGAGGUGCUAUUCGAGGUGCCAGAGGAGGUUUUGCUCGCAGUGCUUCGACCACUCCACCUAGGAGUUCCACCCCAACUGGUAGAGGAACUCCUCCCAGGACUACCACACCUCCUCGUACAACAUCACCUAUGACAGCAGGGAGGACCACAACACCUCCAAGAACAACUUCACCAAGAACAACUUCACCAAGAUCUGGAACCCCACCAAAGCCUAAGGGCUCAAUUGCCAAUAAGAGUAUUACCCCUGUGCGAAAUGCCACAAAUGGAGCCCGUAGCAUCACGCCACCAAGGCCUGUCAGGAAAUCCUCUGUUGAUUCUCAAAAAGAUGGGGAUGCAAAGAGUGAAACUUCUUCACGUCGAUCAUCAAAAGAAAGUAUCAGUAGUAUCCCUAAACCUAGACAAAUAAAGCCCCAGAGUACUCAAACCAAAACCUCACCCAACAGUUCAACCUCGCCCAAGCCACCUUCAGGUCGUGGUUCUCCUGCUGGAAAACCUCCACUCAGCACAAGUAGAUCGUCAAGUCCGAAAUCAAAGAUGCCAGUGCCUUCAAGAUCAAACAGUCCUUCUACAAAAUCAUCUGGUUCUGUCACUACUCCAAGAAAACCUCUGAACAAAAGCCCAUCUAGCACCAAAGCUAGGGAUGAAUCUCCUACUGAUGCUGAGGAAGUGACUUCACAGAUGAAAAGCAUGAAUUUAGAAAGUAAUGGAAGUUCCCCUGAUUUAGAUGAUGGUGAUCGCCCAGUCCUGCUCAAACAAUCAACAUUUACAAAAGAUAGUGCAUCACUUCCUGAACAAACCCCUGAAAUGAAUCCUGUAAGUGGAGAUGAGAAGGUCCUGUCUCCUGUGCAGUCAGAAGAGGCCCCAUCAGUGACUGAAAGUGAAUCCAGUGUGUCUUUGUCAAAAGGUGGAUGGAAGAAGACUGGUAGUGGCAUCCAGGGGUCACAGGAGAGUAAAAAAUCUUCCACAGGAAAUAAACCAGUCAGUAAGACCACUGGUGUCUCAAAGAUUACACCAAGGAGGACCGGUUCCCCAGGACUGAGGACACCUGCUGCAAGGUCCUCAUCUCCUGGCCAAAGGGUAAAUACACCUGCAAGGAGGUCAGAGUCGCCUUCUAGAAUGUCUUCUACAUCUCAGCGCUCAGAAUCUCCUUCCAGAGCAUCAACAACUUCACAAAGUUCAGUGUCAAAGCAAAGGACUACUCCACAAACAAAGGGACCAGCAUCCACGCAAAGGAAUAAUUCUGCUACUUCCAAGAUCAACACAGGCCUACAGAAGUCUGGUGGUAUGAGUAAAAGAUCAGCUUCCCCAUCAGGGGUAAAAACAAAUCCAAAUGUGAAUGGAACCCAUGCCAGUACACCCCCAAAGUCUACAGCCAGCAGACCUAAUACAAGACCAACUAAAUCUGGCAAUGCUGGAGUCAGAACAGGUCCUCCAACUACCAGGGUAGCCUCUGCUAGUCCCAAACCCUCAGGUGCCUCUGCAAGAGCAGUGCGCAACAAACCAGCAAGUAGGCCUUCAUCUGCAGAAGGGUCCAGGUCACUAAGUGGAAAUAAUUCAUCUUCCAAGGAGACCCCUUCUCCACAAACACCAUCCAAAUUUGGCACAUUCACAAAAAAGAAAGCACAAUCCAGUGUUGAAACAUAUGACAAGAAAGAAACAGAAAGAAAUUCAGGAGAGAGUGACAGUGUGAGUAAAAGUGAUCUUUCAUCUGAUGAUCAGAAAAGUUCACAGCUGAAAGCCAAAGAUUUGUGCAAGGAGCUGAACAUACCUGUAAAAAACUGUGGAGGUAAAAUUGUGUCUCCAACGCGUGAGACUGCAGAAGGUGAUGGUAUCUGGAUGAAAAGGCCUGAAGAUGAGGUAAAGGACUGUGCAUCUGUCAGUAUUCACUCUUCAUCACGUCACAGCAGCUCAUACAGUUUGAGCAGCAUUUCCACCAAUCAUCAGGUUGGUAGCCUUUCUCGACAGAAAUCAGCCCAGCCUGAAUUACCUAGCUCAAAAAAGUCACCAGCAGUCAAUACAAGGAGAAAUAUUUUUUCAUCACUUAAUAAAAACUCUAAUUCCAAAUCAUCCAGUAAAUCCAGUCUAGACUCAUCGAAAAGUGGAGGCAAAUCAACACCUAAAAUGACAUCCAAGCAGAAGCAUGAAUCAGAAGCAAAACCAGAAGAGAAAAAGGACAAAAAAUCAGAAAAGAAGAGAUUUUCUUUUCUCAAAUUGAAAAUUGGUGGAAAGAAAUCUGACAGUGACAGUGAAGGAAAGGGAAAGAGCAAAGGUUUUUUCUCCAAGAAGGAAAAAAAGUCGCCAAAAAACUUGAAGGUUCAGACCAAGAGCAGGAGUGAAUCAGAUUCAAUGGCUGAACACGUCCUUCCAAGCCCUCCACUUGCUGAACUAGAACCUGAUCUUAAUAUGAGUGGGGCUGAUCUGAACUUUGACAGGCAUCUGGAUGAGCUGGAGGCGUGGAAUAGUGACAAUGAUAUUGACAAUGAAGUUAUGCCUGAUGAGUUUGUUGAAUGGGACAGCGGUAGCGAUAUCUUUAAAGAAGAGAUGCCGGAGGAAUUCAUUGAAAGCUGCUCAGAAGUAGACACCGAUCCUGCUACUCCACUGAGUCCUGGCGUUACAACUGGACCGGGAGGAGGUAACAUUCAGAUCGACCCAAACAGACAGCGGGGAGGCUUCUCCCCACACUCUGAAACUGGUAGCCUUUCCCCAAACGGGCUAUCGGGGGACUGUAUGUCCCCCGUAGAUGAGGGGGAUCUUUCCAUGGAAGCAGAGGAGCAGUACUUCUACUCUGAAAACAGACUCAAUUCUUUCAUCCGUCUUGAUGACACUAAAGGUGAAACGAGUGACACGUUCGGUGAAGGAGAGCUGAGUAUAAGUCGGAAUGUCCAGAACCAGCGUAGCCGUAGCCUAUCAGACACCGCCGUCGAGCAAUCACCACACAGACCUCAGAGGUUAAAGCUCCCCCAGAAACCAUUUGGUUUCCAUCAGAACGACGCUUCUCCAUCUUCCAACAAUGUCGUACCUGUCUUGGUAUCGCCCUAUAACUACAGUCCAAACCCAAAUCGGAAGGGGGAGAUCGACACCAACUAUUCAGGGAUGGGGUUUCACAAAGACGAUAGCAGUCGGAGUAGUUCUGAGGUUGUUAGUCCUACAGGAUCUACCAGAGUAACUACAGUAUAGGAACUUAUUCUCUGUAUUUAUACUUUCAAAUGUUUGACAUCCUGCCCUUUACAAUGUUUUUAGAUUUUACAGAUACACGUAGAGUUUAUCGAUGAUGCUUUUGAGCAGCUCUGUUUUUCUUAACAACUCAAGUCAAAUGAAGCAGUCAUGGGACAAAAUAUUAUACCUAGAAAAGUUACUGUUCUUAUUAUUUUUGUGGC